AUAUGACCAGAUUCGCUCACUUAUCGAAUGACUGAUUAUCUAACGAGAUAAUAUUAUCGAGGUUUUAGACUUUUCCGCUGCACCAAAUCAAUUAAGAUAUCCUUUUAUAAUGAAUUUGUUACAGUUGGCCAAGAAUUUGUUCAGCCUACAGAAGAAGGCGUAAAGUGAAUGUAUGGUCGCAGAAUGCAGCAGGUUUCAGGAAGUUGUAUAUUUGAAUCGGUUCAACGGGGGGAGAUCGAUCGAGUUUCCCAUUUAUUACAGCAGGAUCGGGGUGUUUUGAAACAAAAAGGUUGGGGAGGUUUCACAGCCCUCCACUUUGCUGCUCUCCAUGGAAACCGGCCAAUGGCUGAGCUUCUGCUGAACAGCGGUGCUGAUCCAAACAUUCCCUGUGAUUCCGGAAUAACUCCUUUUCACUUUGCUUGCAGAAAUGGCCAUAUUUUUAUCAUGCACAAAAUGAUGCAGCAUGGUGCAGACUUACACAUAGUAGAUAAGCAAGGGAAAACGUCUCUUCAUCAUGCAGUCGGUGGAGGAAGCGUUAUUGCCACGCAGUACCUGUGGGAGACUGGCAUGUUCUGUUUCACAGAUGCCGAUAACUAUAAGGUCACUCCGCUGCAUUUGGCAGCUUCCACAGGAAAUUCUGACGUAGUCCGUUAUCUCCUUAGAGCAAAUAGAUGCACACCAGAGGCAGUUGACCACCAGGGGGCGACAGCACUUCACGUGGCUGCAGAGAAUGGCAUGAUUGAGGUGUGCUGGCUGCUGUUGAAAAGUGCCGGGCUCCACAUUUUACACAUGAAAAACCACACUGGCCUCACGCCUCUAGACCUCUGUAAUCAAGGGAAUACUUUUAGACAUCAGCAGCUCUCCAGGAUUUUGACGGAUUUCAGUCACCGACCAAAAGAUCUGAUUCCUAAGGACUCAAAUGUGAUGUACUUCUGGAUGCUGCUGUUGCCGUCUCUCUCCGGGGCUGCGGUUCUCAUUAUAGCUGCAGCUCUUGGUGAAUAUGGGGCUAUCCUCUCUGCAGUGCUUUUCCCAUGUUUGGCAAAAGUCAUUCUGUCUCAAUAUCAUAGACUGAGCAGCUUUCAAAGGUUACCAAACCCUGUGUAUUUGGGAACACUGGCUGCAGGCAUUAUUCAUUGCUCAGCUUGCUUUCUCUAUAAAUUUUUACCCAGUUUUUGGCCAGCUUAUGCCCUGUUCAAUUUUUCACUUGUCCAUUUUUGUGUGCUUGUUGGACUUUUUUGGAAAGUUCUAAAUCAGAACCCAGGACAACUCAAAGAAGCUGACACUGAUUCCCAGUUUUCCAGCAUAAGAGACUUAAUAGAAGCCGGAAAGAGCCCGGACAGAUUCUGUAUUCACUGUGAGUUGAUCCAAGUAGACAACUGUAAACACUGCCGUUUGUGUGACAUGUGCAUCCAAGAGUACGACCACCACUGCCUCUUCCUCAAUCAAUGUGUGGGACGGGACAACCACCGCAUCUUCAUCCUCUUCGUCAUAUCUAUGGUAAUGGCUCAACUCCUCUUCAUCCUCAGUGCCGUGUACUACCUCUCCCUGAAACUCUCGGGCUUGGAGAUGUCCGACUGGGGCUCACUGGCAGGAAGAGAGGCCUCUGUGCUCCUGCUGACUCUGCUCAACAUCUUCUCUCUGAUCUGGGUGGGAUGGUUGCUAGUUGAGCAGCUGGAUGCCAUUUCCAUGGGAACCACCACCUAUUUUAGGCGGUACGACAACAAAGGGCCUUCUAAAAGACAACGCUUGAGAACAAUCCUCACUUUUCUGCUUGAAGGGAGAACAAGACAGGAGCACAGUCAGUCUUUCAGUAUAUAGAGACGUUUUGAAAUUCCAAUCACAGUUUAGUCUUAUUGUUGUUUUUGUAAAGGCUGGAAUAGAUCACUUCUGUUACAUACUUCACAGUCCUGUAGUUUAUGAUGAGCUCGGAUUCAGAUUUUCUAGCUUCAGACUACGAUGUUAUCCAAUCAUAGGAUAUCAAACAUGAUUGAUAUUUUGCGAUGAUUGUAGACCAUAUAUUAUUUUCAUUUCUCACUCAUCUCCUAGCAAUGAGAUGCAUGUUUCUGUGAGAGUUUAGGAUCGAAACAACAUAAAAGUCAAUGCGAUCCUUUGUCAUUUAGUGUAUGAUGCCCAGUUUUUAUUUUUUCUAACCAUUUACAAUGUCAGCAAGUGUGUGAUGCAUAUUGUGUUAAAAACUGUUCAGAGUCUAAAAACGCUGAUGUCAUCGUCAAACGCUGAUGUCAUUGUCCAUCGCGCUGUUUCACUGUAGACAUCGUCUGAUGGCAAAUUUGUAGACAUCGCCCACCCCUAUUUAAGAUUGUUCAUUUGAGACUCCCAUAGUUUGUAAAAAUAAACAACAAAAAAAAUGACAUCACCUAAAUUAUCUUUGUAAUAGCGCUUUACAUAAACAUAGGUCACUGCUGUCUUGCCUUGCCAUAACUGUAUCUGUAUUUUUUAUAACAAACAUUUUAAAUAAAUGUCUUUCAGUGUAAAUCUAUAGUUUGAUUUUAUUUUUUAUAUUUUAAAGUAAAAAUAAAACUGUUAAUUGUUUUUGCAAAAACUAUGCACUGAAAAUAGAUUUCCAGUCAUUUAUUAGCAUAUUAUAUUGGGAUGAAGUAUUUGAUUUUGUUAUUCUACAAAAUAAAGAUUAGAACAUUUGUUUUGUAACAUCAGUUUGAGCAUUAGGAUUGUGAAGCGUCUUCCUAUCCCUGCUUUUAAGAUGGGUGUCCAUCAUCAAUCAUCUGCGAGGCCUGUGUAGUCCGCUGCUAAUUUUCCAUUGAUUUUGCUGCAGUAAUACCAUGCAGGGAGGAAUCUGCAGACCUAUAUCAUUGGUCUAAGUGACAUGGCAAUGAGUAAAUCUCACAUUUAGAGAAUCUCACAUUCAAGGUCAUUCAUGGGACAUCCAAUUCAGGGCUUGAUUCAGGCGGUGUAUUGUAUUUUCUUAUACAACCUCUUUAUGGGGCAUUUGUUCUUCACUCUUCAGUCUUUCACAGUGAAUCAUGUGAUCCUCUUUAUUACCUCUAUAUCUAUUAUUAAAUUAGA